UGGAAGUAGCGACGCCAUUUGCAGUGCGAAAAUCAUAAUGAGUGAUUUUAAUUCAGUUUCAUCUCAAAGUUACGACACAAGUUCAGCUUUCGCUGAUGCCGUACAACGAGCCCGGCAGAUUGCAGCUAAAAUUCAUUCUGGUGUAGACAGCACUGGUACAAAACGACCUCUUGAGGAUGUUCAAGCUACAAUUGGUCUCCCUGACACAAAGAAGCUUGCUCUUUCUGAUGACAAUAAAGGUACUGUUCAGCAGUUGACAUCUAUUCAGGCACAAAGAUCAGUUGGUGGUAUUGCAAAUGCAAUCACUGUUGAAGAGUGGAAAGUUCCAGAUAAAAUGGUUGGAUUAAUUAUUGGUCGAGGAGGAGAACAAAUUACAAGGCUGCAAGCUGAAUCAGGCUGCAAAGUUCAAAUGGCUGCAGAUAGUGGAGGAUUACCUGAACGAAUAUGUACCUUAACUGGUUCAAGACAAUCAAUUGAGAAAGCAAAAGAACUCAUAACUGCCAUAAUAAAUCGGGGAGGACCUCCUUUAACAGUUUUAGAUACAAAUCAUGUUCCUGAUGGACAUACAAUAGUAGAAAUGAUGAUUCCAGGCCCUAAAGUUGGACUUGUUAUUGGGAAAGGUGGCGAAACUAUUAGAAAUUUGCAGGAAAGAGCUGCUGUAAAGAUGGUGCUGAUUCAAGAUGGUCCUCAACAAACAUCUCAAGAAAAGCCGUUGAGGAUAACUGGAGAACCAGAUAAAUGUGAAUAUGCUAAACAACUUGUGAUGGAUUUGAUUACGGAAAAAGAACUUGAGAGCAUUCAGAGGGGUGGGUUUGAAGGAACUAAUGAAUAUGGAAGUGCUCCUGGUGGACAAAGGCCUCCUGGUGGUUCUGGUAAUACGCAUGAAAUAAUGGUGCCAAAACAAGCUGUAGGUGUGGUUAUUGGCAAAGGAGGUGACAUGAUUAAGAAAAUUCAGCAAGAUUCUGGUGCACGUGUACAGUUUUUAAAUGUUAAAGAUGAAAGCCCAGAAGAUAAAGUUUGUGUCGUGUCGGGAAGUCCAGAGCAAAUCCAGGCUGCCAGCACUUUCAUAAACGACCUCAUCCAAAGUGUACUGGUGCGUGAUCAACAAAAUGUCGGUCGAGGUAGAGGAAGGGGACGACCCAAUGACGGUGGUGGGCCAAAUUUUGGGAAUAACCCUCGAAACAGACCAGAUGUGCCUGAAAUACACUAUGCAGUACCAGCCAAUAAAUGUGGCAUAGUCAUUGGAAAAGGUGGUGAAACUGUAAAAAACAUUAAUCAGGUAUCUGGAGCUUAUGUUACUCUUUCUGCGUUGCCUCCUCCCAAUGCUCAAGAAAAAGUGUUUGUCAUAAAAGGCCAACCCCCACAAAUAGAACAUGCCAAAGACCUCAUUAAUGAAAGAAUAGGAGGAGUCGGCACUGUGAUACAAUCCCAAAAUCCUCAAAAUCACCAGAAUUUUCAACCCCAGUUUCCUCAACAGCAGCAAUUCCCACAAGCUCCUAACCAGGCUCAGCAAUAUGCUCCUCAAGGUUGGACAAAUGCUUAUCAGCCAUGGCAAGGACAAGCUACUCCUGCUGCUGAUCCAAAUGCUGCUGCAUGGGCCGCUUAUUACAGCCAAUAUUAUGGUCAACAGCAAGCGCAACAAAUGCAACCAAAUGCUGCUCAGCCAGGCAUACAACCUGGUGUAGCUCCGCAGCCUGGAAUGCCAUCUCAACCUGAACAAACACAGGCUGCUGCACCUCAACCACCAGCAGCAGCUCCUGCAGCUACCGUCCCAGCACCUGCUGCACCUGUUGGUGGUGUUAAUCCUCAACCUGAUUACAGUGCUGCAUGGGCUGAGUAUUAUAGGUCUUUGGGUAUGUUUAGGGAAGCAGAAAUGAUUGAAAAUCAAGCAAGAACUACAGCACAGUUAGCAGCAUCUGUGGUAUCGCCUCAGCAACCUGGACAGACCUUUUCUCAGGCCCAGCCAACGACAACAGCACCUGGACAAGCUGGUGCUCCUCCAGUCAGUGCACCGCAGCCAGCUCCCCAGCCAGCUGCUCCACCAGUUCAGCCACCUCCAGCCUCUGUUCCUCCUGCGGCACCACCUGUUCAACAGCCUCCCGCCGGUGCUCAAGCACCACCUGCACCAACUGGUGUUCCUGCGCCAGGACAUCCUCAACCAUUUCCCCCUGGUGGCCCUCAAGGCCAAUGGCCAGGUGCACCCGGUCCCUUUGGACAGCCUUUUGGACAGCAGCAGCCCAAUGCAUUUGUAGGAUACAACUAUCCUGGAUAUGGGCAACAGUCAUUUGCUGCUGCUGGUGGUCCUCAAUAACCAUGAUCUCUAUAACCUCAUAAUUGGUGGCAAUGCAUAAGCAACUCAAAAUUAAAGCUCCUUCACGCUAGCCGUUUUGCUUGGCGUUCCAGAAAGUUCUGGGAGCCAAUGUUCUAAAAUCCGUAAGGUAAGCCGUGGUAAGUAGGCUAGCAGUUACAAAGUGGAUUUAUGAAAUGGUAACCAUAAUUCUUUUUUUCCAGGUCCAUCUUGUCAUAACUUAUGUAUGAAAUAUGCAAUUUUUGUUAUGUUCUUUUGCAGAGUGUUGCUGGUUAAGUUAUUUGUCUUCUGGUGCUGUCCUAUGAAACGGAAGUUUUAUCCAUAUGUCAUGUGCUCUCAGUGAUUAUGCUUUUGGAAAAUAAACUGGAAUAUAAUGUGUUACUUACCUGACUGUAGUAUUAAAAUUUUAUGUCUGUAAUUUUAUCAAAAUUUAUGCUCUCUCUCCUAUCUAGUUCAGAAAAAAGACAUCUCCACCAAAACAUCCUCCUGCUUAUCAUUUUCUUUGUUUUAAUUUUUGAUUACUAUCUAACAGGUUUCAAGCUCUUAAUGGAAGCUUUCCAAGUUCAAUCACCGGUAUAAUAAUUUAGAUUUUAUUUUUUCAUUUAUUAAAAUUGCAAUUAGUGAAUCAAUGAUGAUGUGAAUUAAAUUUCAAAUUCCUUGCCUAUAUAUUCUUCCAUGUUUUUUUUUUUUUUUAAUUUGAUGCAUCAUGUGUAGUUCAUUUAUGUAAAAUAAAAUUCAUU